GGGGGGGGGGUCCUGAUCCCAUUUAUGCACAAAUUUUAGAAAAAUUCCAAAUCACAUAUACUUUUAACAGCAUUUUAUACAUUUCAAAUUCAAAGGGGUGAAUUUCAAAGCUCUCUUCUUGGAGCAAAGUUUCAGGGAAAUGUUGAGGCUUUCACAAAAUGAAAAAAAAAAAUCCAGGGUUCACAUAUCAUGUUUGACUUAAUUUUGGCUUUAAUCUCACAUCACAUCUAGACCCUUUGCUACCCUCUCAAAGUGGACCCCUCAUAUGACGGCUUGACAACAUAGUAAAUCACAGACAAACUGACCCUUUCACUUCCAAGAAAUAUCAACAAGUGAUUGUGCCUUUGCUUUAUUACAUUGUUCAUUAGAGAGGUGAUGAGGAGAAAGAGAAUAAUCAAAAUAGAGGAUAUUGCUUGAUUCAUCACCAAUUUGUCAGCUUUGGAAUCAUAAGAAAUGUGUUACACAGAGUAAAUAGAAUUGAUACUGAAAUCUUGGAAGUAAAAGGGCUUCUAUGUUUAUAAUUUAGGAAGGUAAGGAGAUAGUUAUGAGAGAAAAGUAGAUCUAGUUUUUCAUUGGCUCUGUGAUAAGCAAUUUGAUAUAUAGGUAAUGCUGUCUUGCACAUUUUAUGCAAUAGUUUUGCAUGUAAAGGAUCAAGUAUCCACAAUUAAGUUUCAAAGGACUGUUAACUUACUACUGAGUGGAACUGUAGUUUAAUUUAAAAUCAGCUGUGUCUAAAGUGACUGGAACUCGAUCUUUUUGUCCUCUAUCAGUUCAUUUUUGUAGAGGUUUACCUUGAGGAUACUUAAGUACUUUUAUACUUCUUAAAGAAGGAGAUGAAUUUUUAAGCUAUACACAGCAAGCAAAAUUAUAAAGGUAGUACAAACAGAGCUUGUCAUUAAGUAAUAAUGAUAAAUUUGUAUGAGAUCAGGUAUUCUGAUUAGUUAAUCAAUCAAUCCUCAACAGAAGUGAGGGUUUAACAUCUUCAAUUGCUAUAGCUUUGCAGUUUAAGAGGUUUCUAAUCAAACAUUGCAUUACAUAUGUUUUAGAGAUUGCAAAAUCAUUGCAAAUUUUUCAUAACUGGCAAAAGUAAUGUGUGCCUGCAAUUGUCAUUUUUUUGCCUUUUUAUGUGCUGUAAUUUAAGUGGAAAGUCAUUGAAACUAAUUAUGAUGCUAGAGCUAUAUGUUUUUCUUUUGAUUUCUCAUUGGCUCCUUGCAAAAUAUGCUCCUGAUUAGCUGUGAUUAUUACUUAGGUUUUGGUGUACACUCACUCUAAAAAAAGUGCCCUUUGCCAUGCAAUACAGCAAGUUUACCCAGAAAAUAAGGUAGCUUUGCAUCCUUUUGGGUCAAUGGAUGUUCUUUGUAAAAACACUAUCAGUUUUUUUCUCUUUUAUCGGUGCAUAUCAUGUUUUGGAGCAGUCCUAUUAUUCAGAUAGAUGUAUUGAUAUUAGUUAAACAACCGUGAGUUGAGACUGCCACUAUUAAGCUGCAGCAUGGAAUAGUUAUUGUUAAAACUUAUGAAAUUAUUUAAAUUAUAUUGUGGUCUUUAUGUAGUCCUUAUUUUAAGAAAGGGCUAAGGUGAAAUUAAAAGGUUAACUGUUUAGAAUGGAAUAGAAUCUCUUAGCCAUGUACACUGUAGUCUCAAGAUCAGUGAUAGUCUCUUCCCAUUUAAUUUCAACACUUUUCCCUCGAAAGGAGUUUGGAGAAUUUGGUUUUAUAUCAAGCUUAAUAGAGAUUGCACCAUCUAGUUGGCUGGUUUGCCUAUCUCCAUCAAUUGUGCAGUGGAAUAAUUUCUUGUAAUUGUUGGGGGAAGUGAGAUUUUCAUCACUCCUGUGGUUUAAAAGGUAAGUAGAUGAGAGACAACCAUUGGAAAGAAGCUGCUUGAUGGAGUUUAAAAUUUUUAACAGAAGUUUGUGAGAAAUCAUUAAAAAUGCGGUAGAAAAAUUGUAUGCUGUCGUCGGAAGUUUAACAAUUUUCAGACAAGGAACGAUUUCGAAGCUUGAGGUAUGUCGUCCCUUCUCUUAAGCCGUCAGUCCCGUGGGAUCCUGGGAGCUAGGUAACCUGAAAAAAAUUAGCAACAUAUGCCAUCCCUUAGUUUUGAAGGUUUUCAUGGACUCAAAGAACCACCCAAGAAUUCGGCUACUAUUUGUGAUGGCUGUCCAUCUUGUUAAACACAUCGGAGGUUGUCAUUGUGGCAAAGUUCGCUUCGAGAUCUUAGCUAAACCCGUGCUGAAGGCUUGGAAAUGCAAUUGCACCAUAUGUGUGAAGAAAGGGAUCACACCUGUUCUUGUUCCUGAAGAAUACUUUAAACUUCUCCAGGGUGAAGGCCACAUCUCUUGUUACACUUAUAACACCCAUCAAGCUAAACACUAUUUCUGUACAACAUGUGGAAUUCAUGCAUUCUAUCGACCUCGCAGUAAUCCUAAGGCUUAUGGCAUUUCACUGCAUUGUCUGGAUGGAGGAACUGUACAAAAAAUUGAUACAGUCGUUAUUAAUGCCCUUGACUGGGAAAAUUGGGAAAAGUACUUGAUGGAACAUCCAGAUGCCUCAAACUACACUGACAAUGUGCAGUAGCACCAAGAGUCAGGGGUUGGGGACAAUAAAAGGGAACUCUAGAUGGAAAUAUACCACCAUGGCCUUAGCUGACUAUCGACUAUAAGACUUCUGGUCCAGAAAGACUUCCUUUUCAAGAGGCUUAAGAAUCAUUGUUUUGGUAUUAAGCCAAAUUCUUUUAACUUCUUCACAAGGAGUGACAGUUGAGCUGCCAAGAGGGUAAAUUGGCAACCUAAUUGUACAACUCUAAGGGUUAAGGGGCUAGAUUUUAUACCCUGCUUUUUUUCUUGAGUCUUUUGAGUAUUAAGAACCGUAUAACCAUGUCUGUUGUUACAUACUCAUUCAGACAGUAUUAUAGGUUGCACCCCUUGAGAAUGUUCCAUUGGAAAUGUUCAGGAGGUAGUUAGGAGUUGAUAAGAUUUGCCUAUAGUGCUCAAAUCUACAACAACCUCAUGAUGUGCUGUUAUAAUGCUGCUACUUAGCUGUGUGAGGCCAAAGAAUGAUAUCAAAUUUGUUGUAUGUAAAUUAUUGGAAUAUCAAACAGUAUUUUCAUUGUUUAUAUAGUUGGAGGUGAUUAUUUAUUUUAAGCCACACUCUGAGAAGAAGACUCUGAUACUGUUACUGAUAGCUAUUAGUUUUUGGGUCUCUGGUUCCCCACGUGAUGACUUAAAUGCUGGCUUACCAUCUGUACAUUGAUGUGAUAUUUUUUUAAAAUUGGUUUUGGAUGUUUGAAAAUAAAUAAUACUUGGACAAAAA